CCCAAAGCCAAAUUAGGCCGAUGAUUCCUAGGCCUACUAAGCGAGUCCAUUGCUUGCUACCUUCUUCCCCAAAUCAAAAAGCUUCUCGAUCCCCUCUCUGAACUAACCUCGCCGAAUAUCCAAGCUCCAAUCCCUACGGUCAACACCCCUUUCCUUCCUCGUCAACAAAUUCCUCCUCUUCUCCAUACAACCUUCUCUUCUUUUGGAACUUAAACAAGAUUCAUUGAUAAUUCCCCAAAAACUUAUGUAACUCAUCCUGUGAUUGAAUUGCGACUUCGUUCAACGGCCGCCGACCAAUAUCCUCCUCCAGUUCAAGAUCAUCCUGAUCAACAAGUCUCUUUCAGAUGUAGAUCCAGCCUCUUUCUAGCUUCUUCCAUCAAUCCCAGCCUACGAUUCCAUCUCCUUCACCAACUCAAUAGUUACCAUCACCGAAAAUAACUCCUCAUCUCUUCCGCUCUGUCUCAUUAGAAUAUAUAUGCGAUUUUUACUUCAAAAGUCGCGCUCCAACAACUAAUAAGUCGUGAUUUACUUCAAAAGUCACGCUCCAGGACAGUAGCAGAGUACAAGGCGGAGUUUUUCAAGCUAGGCAAUCAAUGCAAGGGAGUGCCGGAGGAGACCCUGGUUGGGUUGUGCAUGGCUGGCCCAAAGCCAGAGAUAGCCGCGGCGGUUAAGGUUUUCGAACCAGACUCGCUGCGGUCUGCUUUUCGUCUUGCGGGUUAUAAAGAAGAGGAGCUGGCCAGCUGGAGGAGUACGAUUGGGCGAUUCCCGAAAGCAGGCGGAAGUGAAGGAGGUGGCAUCGGGUCGGGCGGCAGUGGGGCGAAUGCGCCCAUCGGCCCAGGGCCAUCGACAGCUGGCGCUGUCACCUCAACUCGGCAAGCUCCUAGGCCACCCCCGAAAGGAUUCGUGAGACUACCACCACAGGAGAUUGAGCAGAAGAGGAGAGAGGGAAAGUGUUUCAACUGUGACGAGAGGUUCACCGUGGGACACAAGUGCGCCAAGCCCGAUUUGAUGAUGUUGGUGGGUCGCUGGGAAGAUGAGGCAGAGGAGGAAGCAGCUGAAGAAGGACCGCCGGAAUUGGAGUAGGACCCACAACCUUGAGGGCAAGGUUAUUUUCCAAGAAGGCUGGGAUGUUAGAAACACAUUAAUUGCAGUUUUGGGUAUUUCGUAUUAUUCGUCGGUUUUUUAUAAUUGGGGGAUUAUUUAGGGAAUUCGGAAAAUAAACACGAGUCGAUUGUUAUGUUUUAUUAGUUGAGUAGGAGAUAGAAAUCAUGCGGCCUAUAUAAUUUGUAAUUAGUGGGAUUAUUUUCAUUAGGCAAUUACAGAACAAAUUACCCAACCCUAAUCUCCUCUCUCUCUUCCCUCUCCCACGUCUUCUUCUUCUCCUUUCCCUGCCAAGGCUGCCGCAGCAGCCACCCUCUCCCAACCUUCCUUGAUUCUUCAAUUCUUCUCACCUAAUUCCCUAGCCUGGUCAUUUUCUCAGUGACCUAGCCAAUUUCCCAAUCCUAUUAAUCGUUAGAAACCUGGUUUCUAACACAUGCACAUAGCCGAUGUGUUGCAUUUGGAAACACAUUAGCAAUAGCUUUCCUCAUUGCUUUAUCCCCAUCCAUGAAAACUGUACGUAGAGGAAUGUCCCCCAACAUUUCCUUCACUAUCUUCAAUGCCCAAAUAUAGGUUUCGUCAGUCUCAUUAGGCAAUAGUGCACUCCCGAAUAAGCAAGUUUUGAAGUGAUGGUUGAUACCUACAAUGUCAAACAGAAACUCGGUAAAUCAGAAUCUUUUGAACCAGCAAGAGAAAAGCUAAAAUAGUGAGGAAUAUGUAAACAAUGGUAGAGUUCAUAUAAUCAGAAACUUGUGUUACUUUUGUUUAAUGUUUUCGAACCCCAUGUUCAAGACAUUUUAUGAUAAAAUCAGAAAUUAGUAUUUGUUGUUUAUUGCUGGAUAGGAAUUAGGAAUUAGGAAUAGCUAGCAGCCUUCACAAUCCUCGAACCAAAAAAGAAGCGAAUCAUAAGUAAAAGGGGAAGGCUCAAAACCCACACAUUGCAAAAGUUAUUCGAUGUUUGUAUCUUAAUUAGCAAUUUAUGCUGAUGUUUUCUAGAUGCCAUUAUGGGUCUUCAAACAACAAAGCAAAGGCUAAUACUUAGAGGGCAUACUAGGAUGGCGUACCUGUGAAAAUGACCAGUGGCAUAUUGUAAAUGUUUUUUUGGUACGUUGUGUAAAAUGUGAGCAACUCUCCAAAACACGAAAUGUCGGCUCUGCAAAUGCUGUCAGCCCAAAAUAAAAAAUGGAGCCUUUUUUCUCAUCAGUAGUGUAUCGGAGGAGGAAGUGUCGGUCGGUGCUUUUCUUUGAUUCUAGAUAGGCGAGUGUAGUUGUUGCAUCACCCUCGCUGAUUCUCUCAGCGUGGUCUUUGGUUAUGAAAUUUAACCCAUCUUUAAUUGUAUACCCAAGUUUAUCAUGCCCUCCAGCAAAAUGUAUAGCAAGCUUAAUGGCCUGAGAAGGUUUCAUUCCAGCAUCCUUUUUAAAUCGGAGGUCUGCCUUGUCUGCUUCUGUUAAUCCUCGAUGCGACCUUAAGUAAUGUACUUGGUUCUGCUUAACUGGGUCAUGAGUGUGCUGUGGUUUAAAUAUAUCAGUAACCCACUUAUUUUUUUUCUUGUUCAAGCUCACACGAAACAUAGCCAUGCACUUAAAUAUGAUCUCCAUAGGCGAAUCCCUCUUUUGUGGACCUUUAUGUGGUUCUCUAACUCCCUGACAGGAACAAACGAAGGCUGCACUUGUUACCUCUCCCUUGACGUUCUUAACCUUCCUUGAGCGACGGACAGAAAACCCCCAACUCUUAUCAUAGUUGUUGUAGAACAAAUAUGCAUCCUUAAAAUCAUUGAAUUCCUGACUGAUAAAAGGAGAAUUCUGAA